CGUGAGCCGUGACGAAAUCGUGUGUGUCAUUUUGCUCAUUCGUCUUCUUCUCGAAGAAAAAAACAAAACAACGAAUUCAAUAACAUUCUUCUUCUUUUCUUUAUUUAAACCAACACUUUCAUUUAAAAUUCGCUAGCGUCUUCAUCUAUUAUUUAUUACAGGUUUCGAAAUGACUGGACUUUGGAGUGUGUUAUGCAGUGAACCUGUUUGUUCAAAGUCUUGCAGUAUUUAUGAUGUUAAGUUUCUCAUUGAUCCUUCCACAUGCAUCAACCAUUUCUUAAUAUCUUGCUUUCAUGUCUUGCUACUCAUCAUGCUCCUAUUUCUAAUGAUCAUCCACAAGUCGUUAUUAAAACCAUAUCAAGGUCUUAUACAUAGGGAAAGAUAUUCUAAUUUGCAACUAGUUUCUGCAAUAACCAGUGGUGUUCUUGGGUUGGUGCAUUUGUUUUUUGGUAUUUGGAUUUUAGAAGAGAAGUUGAGAAAAAGCCAAACUGCAUGGCCUGUUGAUUUGUGGUUGCUGGAAUUCUUUCAGGGAUUAACAUGGUUGUUAGUUGGUUUAACAUUAAGUCUUAAGUUAAAGCAAUUUCCACGAGCAUGGUUAAGGGUUUUUUCUAUUCUCAUGUUCUUGGUUUCUGGUAUAAACUGUGCUAUGUCUUUGUUUUAUGUAAUCGGUAGUAUACAAUUGUCCGUCAAGGUAGCAUUAGAUAUUCUAUCUUUUCCAGUGGCAAUUUUAUUGCUGUUAUGCACAUAUAAGGAAUCUAAGUAUAGUGACACUGACACAGAAAUCGAUGAAGGCCUUUACGCACCUUUAAAUAGAGAGUCGGAUAAAAAUGAUUCUGUUAGCCAUGCGACACUAUUUGCAAAAGCUGGAUUCUUCAGUAGGAUGUCAUUUUGGUGGUUGAAUUCAUUGAUGAAGAGAGGUAAAGAGAAAACACUUCAGGACGAAGAUGUACCGAAGUUGAGGGAGGAAGAUAGAGCAGAAAGUUGUUAUUCGCUGUUUCUAGACAUAUUGAACAAGCAGAAACAGAAGGAUCCAUCCUCACAACCAUCUGUUUUGAAGACAAUUGUUUUAUGUCAUUGGAGAGAAAUUUUGAUUUCUGGAUUCUUUGCACUCCUUAAGGUACUUGCAGUGUCUACUGGACCUAUGCUUUUGAAUUCCUUUAUAUUAGUCGCUGAGGGUUAUGAGAGUUUCAAAUAUCAAGGUUUUGUGUUAGCCAUAGCACUUUUCUUUAUAAAAAUUAUAGAAUCUCUAUCACAAAGGCAGUGGUAUUUUCGGUCAAGACUCAUCGGUCUCAAAGUUAAGUCGCUGCUAACAGCAGCAAUCUAUAAAAAACAAUUCAGGUUGUCCAAUUCUGCGAGAUCGGCGCACUCUAGUGGUGAGAUAAUGAAUUAUGUAACCGUGGAUGCUUAUAGAAUCGGAGAAUUUCCUUACUGGUUUCACCAAACAUGGACAACAAGCUUCCAACUAUGUAUCUCGUUGGUUAUACUCUUCCGUGCAGUUGGGCUAGCUACAAUUGCAUCCUUGGUUGUGAUAGUUAUCACAGUACUUUGCAAUACACCACUUGCAAAGUUACAACACAAGUUUCAAAGCAAACUAAUGGUUGCACAAGAUGAGAGAUUGAAGGCUACUUCUGAGGCUCUUGUGAAUAUGAAGGUACUGAAAUUGUAUGCAUGGGAAACCAGUUUUAAAAACUCUAUAGAAGGAUUAAGGAAUGAGGAACUCAAAUGGUUGUCUGCAGUGCAAUUGAGAAAGGCAUACAACACAUUUCUCUUUUGGUCAUCACCGGUUUUGGUCUCUGCUGCUACGUUCGGAGCAUGUUAUUUUCUUAAAGUUCCUUUGCAUGCGAAUAAUGUUUUCACUUUUGUGGCAACUUUACGCCUUGUUCAAGAUCCAAUCAGAACUAUCCCUGAUGUUAUUGGGGUGGUUAUUCAGGCAAAAGUUGCUUUCGCUCGUAUUUUAAAAUUCCUGGAGGCACCCGAACUGCAUAGUGAAAAUAUUGGGAAGAGGUGUUCAGAAGACAAUACAAGAGGUUCAAUUUCAAUCAAGUCUGCUGAAUUUUCAUGGGAGAAUAAUAAAGUAUCAAAUCCAACAUUGAGAAAUGUUAAUUUGGAAGUAAGACCUGGACAGAAGGUCGCGAUUUGUGGUGAGGUUGGCUCAGGCAAAUCAACUCUCUUAGCAGCAAUUCUCAGAGAAGUUCCUAUCACUCAAGGAAAAAUUGAUGUUUAUGGGAAGUUUGCAUAUGUUUCUCAAACAGCAUGGAUACAAACAGGUUCAAUAAGGGAUAAUAUAUUGUUUGGAUCACCUAUGGAUGUUCAAAAAUAUCAGAAAACUCUUCAUAGGUCUUCACUAGUGAAAGAUCUUGAGCUGUUUCCUCAUGGUGAUCUCACUGAAAUAGGAGAGAGAGGGGUUAACUUAAGUGGUGGUCAGAAGCAACGAAUUCAACUUGCUCGUGCUCUUUAUCAGAAUGCUGAUAUAUAUCUCUUGGACGAUCCAUUCAGUGCUGUUGACGCACAAACUGCCACAAAUUUGUUUAAUGAAUACAUCAUGGAAGGACUUGCUGGGAAGACAGUUUUGCUUGUGACUCAUCAAGUUGACUUCCUUCCAGCAUUUGAUUUUGUUUUGUUGAUGUCAGAUGGAAAAAUCCUACAAGCUGCUUCGUAUCACCAUUUGUUGACCUCAAGCAAAGAUUUUCAGGAACUUGUGAAUGCUCACAAAGAGACUGCUGGUUCUGACCGGCUUGUGGAUGUUACUUCUGAAAGAAAUUCAAGUUCUGCCAAAGAGAUAAGAAAAACAUAUGUGGAGAAGGAAAAGCAAUUCGAAGCACCAGAAGGAGAUCAAUUGAUUAAACAAGAAGAGAGAGAAACUGGAGACCAGGGGCUUAAACCUUACUUAACAUACCUGAGUCAGAACAAUGGAUACAUAUACUUCUCCGUGGCUUCUAUUUCUCAUCUUAUAUUUUUGAUUGGUCAAAUAUUGCAAAACUCGUGGAUGGCUGCUAAUGUUGACAAUCCUAAAGUCAGCACUUUGAGACUGAUUCUAGUUUACUUGUUGAUUGGAGUUAGUUCAACAGUGUUCUUAUUGAUGAGAAGUCUUUUUACAGUUGCUUUGGGCCUUCACUCUUCAAAGUCUUUAUUUUUACAGCUACUGAACUCCCUUUUUCGUGCACCUAUGACGUUUUAUGAUUCCACACCUUUGGGACGGAUACUUAGUAGAGUCUCUUCUGAUCUCAGCAUUGUUGAUCUCGAUGUUCCAUUUGGUCUUCUUUUCGCCGUGGGAGCUACUAGCAAUUGUUAUGCUAGUCUAACUGUUUUAGCAGUAGUUACUUGGCAAGUCUUGUUUGUCUCCAUACCGAUGCUCUAUUUUGCACUGCGGUUGCAGAGAUACUACUUUGCUUCAGCAAAAGAACUGAUGCGGAUGAAUGGCACAACAAAAUCCUUUGUAGCUAACCAUCUUGCUGAAUCAGUUGCUGGAGCUGUGACAAUAAGGGCUUUUGAAGAGGAAGAUCGUUUUUUCGCAAAGAACCUUGAUCUAAUCGAUAUCAAUGCUACUCCCUUCUUUCAUAGUUUUGCUGCAAAUGAGUGGUUGAUUCAACGGUUAGAAACAGGCAGUGCUGUUGUUCUUGCAUCUGCCGCACUGUGUAUAGCCGUACUUCCACCUGGAACAUUUUCCUCUGGAUUUAUUGGCAUGGCUCUCUCUUAUGGCCUUUCACUUAAUGCUUCCUUAGUAUUUUCAAUUCAAAAUCAAUGCAAUAUAGCAAAUUACAUAAUAUCAGUGGAGAGGCUAAAUCAGUAUAUGCAUGUACCAAGUGAGGCUCCUGAAGUAAUAGAAGGAAAUCGCCCUCCGGUGAAUUGGCCAGUUGUUGGUAGAGUAGAAAUAAAGGAACUCAAGAUACGGUACAGGCAUGAUGCACCACUAGUACUCCGCGGAAUCACAUGCACAUUUGAAGGAGGACACAAAAUUGGUAUAGUUGGUCGCACAGGAAGCGGCAAGACCACUCUUAUUGGUGCUUUAUUUCGUCUAGUCGAGCCAGCAGGUGGGAAAAUCAUUGUUGAUGGCAUUGACAUUUGUUCUAUUGGACUUCAUGAUUUGAGGUCGCGCUUUGGUAUUAUACCUCAGGAUCCUACUCUUUUUAAUGGAACAGUCAGAUACAAUUUGGAUCCAUUAUUUCAACACUCUGAUCAAGAGAUAUGGGAGGUUCUUGGCAAGUGUCAGUUGCAAGAGGCUGUCCAAGAGAAAGAAGGUGGUUUAGACUCAUCAGUUGUUGAAGAUGGGGCCAAUUGGAGCAUGGGACAACGACAAUUGUUCUGUUUGGGCCGUGCUUUGCUGAGGAGAAGUCGGAUAUUGGUGCUCGAUGAAGCAACCGCGUCAAUUGAUAAUGCAACUGACUUGAUUCUGCAGAAAACUAUUAGGACCGAAUUUGCAGAUUGUACGGUAAUCACGGUAGCUCACAGGAUACCGACCGUGAUGGAUUGCACAAAGGUUCUUUCCAUCAGUGAUGGAAAAUUAGUAGAGUAUGAUGAGCCAAUGAACUUGAUGAAGAGAGAAGGAUCUCUGUUUGGGAAGCUUGUCAAAGAAUACUGGUCCCAUUUUCAAUCUGCAGAGUCUCAUUAAAGCUGAAAAUGUUUCUAGUUUUUUAAGGAUUGGCGAAAAGUCAAAAAAGGUAAAUAGAAAUAUGUAACAUGUAUUGUCAAAUACGGACAAAUACUGAAUCCUGUUGAAUUGUAAUUCCUUGUGUCGAAGCAGAUUGCUCGACAGAAAUAAGGAAGUGUCGAAUCACCUAAGUGUGUUGAGUUAUAUUAGUGUCUCGAAGUGUCAAAGCAUGUUGCUUCACACAGGAUUUCGACUUAGGCCUAUUUUUAAUAGUGUUAACUAUUUUGGUCUUUUAUAGUUUUGGGUUUUUCCUUGGGGUGCAAGCUAACCUAAAUCUAUAAAUAGAGGGAGUAACCCUUAUUCUUGUAAUGAAGUGAAUAGAGGAUUCAUAACAUUGUAUUCAUAGAAUUUUGCAAUUGCAAAGUGAAUAAGAAGUUUUCCACAGGUUGUGGACAGAGAGAAACUCUACAGAA